GUUAAAAUCAUGGUGCUGGUAAGAGUGAAGGCCAAUCAACUAACGAGUAAUGCACGAAGCGGACAGUCAGGAGACAGCAGUCGCACUAUUCUUUAUAUAAUUUGACAGAGAAUGCUGACAUGUGUGGAAGGACGAUAAAUCAAGAAGGCACUUUAAGAUACUCGUAGGCAAGGUAGUUACCAGCGUCAGUGACCCGACUCAGCGAAGAUAAAAGAAUGCUUGUGGGAACCAGGAAUAUGGAAUUAAAAAUGAAUAUGAGCCGUAUUAAUGUUUUCCGUGUUUUUUUUUGUUUUUUUUUUGAGGAUAUGAAAGAGUGAGACUGAGGCGCAUAUAGCAUGGAGUGGGAACAUUGCUGCGUUCUGUCAAACCAUAUUUGACAGCACUGUGCGUUUCACGAUUGACCACGGUAAAUCUUGAAGAUUAAUUAUACAAUUUUGUUAUAAGUUUAUUAUUCUUAAUACUGAGAAAUGCGCGUUCACCAUCUAUAAUUCACACAAAGAAUACAGAAGGCAACAUCCAGGAUCAAGGAUUUUUUCAUCUGAGUGACUGAGUGGAUAAACAUGGAAAGAACUGAAAGGAAAGAUGUGCCCGACAAAGAAACAUUCUUCCGGAAACAUUUAAUUUCAGGAUUUAUCAUCAGGCUUCUUUCAUAAAAGAAAUAUAAUCAAUUCACUAAUUAUUUUUUUGUUUGGAAGCAACUGGAAUUUUUCUGGAUUCUGGUAUCCUGGACAACUAUACCUCAUUUUGCAUUGACCAUUUUUAACUUUAUUUUAAUCAGGAGAAACUGAAAUCUGUGAGAAUGCAAAGGAACAGACAUUUUUCAUAAAGGAGUUAUCACUGAACUUUAAAUACUUAAGUUGACUUGAAUUCCAUAAUAUUCCCUGCUGCUGUACCCUAGCACUCGAUGUGAUGAUGAAGCCCACCAUGCUGGGUUGCCAUAGUUACCCGUGCUUACUAAGCAGGUUCCCUCUGAAUUUCUUAAAGAGAAACACUGGCCAGUAAAGAAAGGGUAGCUGUAUAGAAAGCCAUCGUUAUCAAACGGUUACUUACAUUUGAUAUUUUACUGCUUAGCAACACUUACAGUUAAAGUGCCAUAAUCAUCUUCAAAGUUUACAAGAAAAAGUGACUCCUGAAACUGCCAAUAAAUUGUUUACACCUCAUAAGAAAGUACUAUUUUUCUAUUUUAGUGUGAUUUUGCAGAAGGUCAGAUUGCUAAAGAACAUUUAAGUGCCAAAAAUAAAAGACAUCAUUGCCAAAUAAAAAACAAACAGAGAUAAGACCAAGUUUACAGCUGAAAGUACAAAGGUUUUUAAAAGGCUUUUUCUUAGAUUUUUUGAUGGAUUUUUGUGUCGUUUUUGUGGAGCUGAGCAAGAGUAGUCCCAGGAGGUAAAGUAUUAGUUUCUUCAUUGCUUAUUUGUAAAGGUCCAUGCGGUUUCAAUUGUCUCAUGCUUAUCGAUCAAUAUUGACUAAAAGCCAGAUUUGUCAGACAUAUUAUUUUCUAAAUCGGCAGAGUCAUUUUAAAGUUGUGUUGCCUCGUACAGCUUUAUAAUGUGAAAAUGUAGGUUUAAAUCUAGGUAACCAAAUGUUUACACAGUAUACUUAUAUUAACAGAUCCACACUGAAUGCAAACAAACAAAGGAAUGAAUGAAUAAACAAACAAAUAUACAGAAGUAAAACACUAUUAUAGAUCACCUACUGCUUGUAGCUUAAAAGGACAUAUGCCUCAUAAAAUCUGUGUACUGCUACAAUUUCACGAGAUGUAGUUAUGUUGUUUCUGUGUACUAUUCAAAUUUUUCAGACUUUGGACACACUGAGCACACUGCCUAGCUCAUUAGGCAAAAAAACAGCUGAGCAUAAUGAAUAAGAAGACAUCAAAAAGUAUAGGGCUUGGGACAAAACAGCAGUUCUUCACAGAUCCCAGCCCUUCCACUUGAUGUUUACAUGCAUUCCCACAUUUCCCUGAUAAGUGUUUUCUCAGCACUUUACAGUGUGGGCUGAUGUUUUUUCAGUCUCUUUUUGCAGGUGAUGUUAUAGCUAACAGACAGAGUGGAGAGAGCUGCACAGCAUAAAGGCAACAUCUAGAACACUGGACACCUUGAACUUUGAUUUACAAAAAUGAAUUCAAUUGCCUGUCACAGGAUGUGUUCUUUCGUUAUUUUUUUGAUAUUUUCUUCUGUCAUUGCUAUGGUGACGAGCUCCACUGAGCAUCAGGCAGCAAAUGGGAGUCCAAGCAGUGCAACUUUUGUACUUUUGACCAGCCAUCGUAACAAGCAAACAAUGAAGUCUGCUGGCAAUUCAGAGCUGGACAUGAAAAUAUCUGAGAUGCCACCGAAACCUUUGCCGCAAAUCAUGCUCCCCAGGAACGUGACAGUCGACGCUCUAAAGCCACCACUUGGGGCUGCCCAGGUGGCUCCACCACCAAAACGAAUUGUGGAUGUGGACGUUUGCAGAAGUUACUAUGAUGUGAUGGGCCAAUAUGAUAUGACCUUCAAUUGCACCAAAGGCACAUACAUAUAUUGCUGUGGGACCUGCCACUACCGCUUCUGCUGUGAUCACCAGAGCAGCCGCUUGGACCAGGACUCCUGCAAGAACUACGACUCUCCUGUAUGGGCCAACACACAACCACCUGCAACCACACCACCAGGCCAACGUUCUGACCCAGACUUUGACCCACUCCGGCCAGACAACACCAUGUAUGUCAUAGGAGGUGUGAUUUCCUUCACGGUGGUGGUGGCGGUGGGCAUUAAGGUGGCCUUCCACAAGGUGUCACGUCGACCCAGGCACAGGGAUAUAAACGUGCCAAGGGCUCUGGUAGAUAUCUUGCGUCACCAGUCUAGUCCAGUACAGCAAGCAGAGCGGAACAACAGUGUUGCUCUAGGUCCUGGAGGGAACGAUGGGACCCUGGGACGACCCAUCAAAAACCUGUAUACACCUGUACCUCAGGGCAAAGAGAACCGAAAGCGCCCACCACAUAUGAACAACACCACGCUUGCCUCCACUGGAACACUGCUCUCCAGCAAACACAGCAAUGCCUCUGCCCCCCACCCCUCUCUCUCACACUCUUUCCACAACCUGGCCCAGCUGCCCCCAUCCUAUGAGACAAGCACCAAAUCUGAGAUCAAUAGGUACAGCUCGCUGAAGAGGCUGGAAAAGGAUCUGGAUGACUACUCUGGAUAUUACACCACCAAACGGCGGCCAAACAAUGCUCCUCCUUCCUUUCAUUCAUCUCAGCACCUCCUCCACUGGGGUGGGGACUAUACACUGGGGGCCAGGGGCACGCUUCCUCUGCACACGUCACGCCCGCGAAUUCACGUGCCACCGGCGCCAUCUCCAACCCCAAACCCUUAUCCUUUACAGCCGCCUCAGUCACAGUACAACCCCAACUUUGACACGCUGUCCAAACCUCCACGAAGAGUGAUGUCUCAGGAUCAGCUGCUUAAUCUGGGAGAUGGCAAUACUACUUUGUCCAGACUAACUAAAAACCAACAACAUCAGUAUUAUAAAGCUGUGGCAGCAGCAAAAAGCUCGAACUCACAAACCCUCCGGAAAUCACAUGAAAGGCUUCUUGUGUCCCCUGAUCAGCUGGGGGAAAGAGUUAGUGGAGGGGUGGGUAGUGGAGAGUUUGGGGGGAUGGUCCCCACGCUGCCACGGCUUACCCCCAGCCAGAAAGCGCAGUCCCAACAAAACGUUUGUGCUACCCCCUCGCUCGACCGACAUCACAUGAUCAAAAUGAACUCUCACCCCACCUCUGGCAGGGAGCAGGAACGCAGCGCUCCAAUGCCUGCCCACACGGGAGGGGCCGUGGGCUGGGGGGAGCUACCUGGAGGGGGCACAGGAACACUAGGGGGCCACAACGCCAGAAGAUUAGCUUUUGCAGCCAAGAGGCAGAACACCAUUGAGCAGUUACACUUUAUUCCUGGUGGGGGGGGAGUGGGUGUAGCGGUAGCUGGGAAUCAGGGCUUGAGGACAGGGAGCAAAAAUGAAGUGACCGUGUAGGGGAGAAGGCAAUGAGGAGCAGGACAGGCUGGGGACAGACUUCGGUGUUCAUGUGAGAAAGGAGCAGGUGAUGGACAGAGGAAAUAGGAACAGGAAGGUUGGCAGCUAAGUGCAGCAUAUAGGGUUUUAAGGAUGGCUAUUAUAAAGACAGGAAGCGUUAUAAAAAAAUAAUUUUUCAAACUUUUGAAAUGUCAGGUCAAUUUUUAAAUCAAGGUUUCCUGCAAUUUAGCUUCAAAACAGAAAGGACAAAGAUAAAGACGAUAAACAGGAGGUUACCUGGGAAUAGGAGAGGCAGUGAUUUGAACUUCAAUACAAUUUACAAAAAAAUUUCCAAUAAACAAACAAAAAACAAUUUCAGCCAUAUUUUGAAGGAAAGAGGGUGGGCACAGAGUAGCCUUUAUAAAAGUAGACUUCCUCUGUUAAGUCUCCAUGCAUUUGCUUCUGCUAUGGCUGUGCGUGUUGGUCCAUAACACACAUAGGGGGGUGAAGUCACAUGUUCUCCUGUGAUGGAAUGACUGGACAAAAGAGGAACAUAGUUAUAUCAUGAUGUUAGAAUGGUUAUUAAAAGCUGGGAUUACUGGAUUGUAUGUUUGCAAUGACAGUAAAAUAUAUCUAUCUGCCUUUUCAAAUAUCUCUUAAGGGAUAAAAUGACUUAUAAGAAUACAUUUCCUGGAUUUUCUCCAAAUUUGACGAUUUUAUAGUGAACCACUUCAUUAUUCUGUUGACACACUCCCUGUCAUGUACACCAGUACAUGGGCUAUUUAUCAGUGUAAUGCAGCCACUUACACACUGGUCAACCAGUACAAACCUAAGCAACUUUCAUAAAAGAACAGUGAUUUUACAAGGCUACUUAGCCACCACUAACAGCUAGCAAACAAAACAGACUGAGCCAUGGAACUUAAGCAUUUCUCACAGAGAGCACAUUUACUGUCCAUGGCACUGCUGAGUCUUAUAUUCUGGGUAAAAAACACAGUCAGUAUUUGAUUACACCUAUUCUAAUCUGUAAAUGAUCUUUGGUGCUCUGAAGAAUAGACUGCAAUGGCAGGCAGGGAAUGCUUACAAUCCAUUUGCACACUGGUGAGAGGCAAUUCCUCCGUGUCAUUAUCAGGAAGUGCGUCAAAUGUAGCGUGCUGUUUUGUCCAGUCAUAUUUGCCACAGCUGCAAUAAGUAAAGUAAAGUGUAAUCAUGGAGAAGCAGGAGAUUCAGCUUAUCACUACUGACCAUGAAUCAAUGUGAAAUGAAAGCUCUCCUGACAAUCAGCACUUGAGAAAAAAAUCAUUUAACAAAUAUUUUUUUGGUGUUGUGUAAUAAAGGCACAUUGAUUAGUUUGUGUCAGUUUUCAGCAAUAUUUGUAUUGUAUGUAUCUGAUACUAACAAGUCAGCCUCACAAGUUGUGUUGGGCUGCAUGUCAUUUGGUUCUGAAUACAUUUUGAGUAAAAUGGUCAGAACUAUUAUCUACAUUUAUGAUUUUAUGAACUGCAGUUAUUAGCUGUAACUCAUUUCAUUCAUUUUAUAUAUUUGAAAAAAAUGAUAUUAUGGACAAUUACAGUAAGGGCUAUUUUAGAAACUGUUUCUGUAUCUAAAAUCUGUAUUCUAAUCUGUAUUCUAUUUAAAGCUUACAAUAAUUCUGAGUCAAUGUGCAAUGUUUAGCAUAUAAAAGACAGUAAUGAAUCUAGGUGUAAAAAUUAGAAAAUGUAUGAAACACAAGGCUUCUAAUAUCUAGUGUGACUUGCUGCAGAAAACCUGUAGCAUGGCACAAAUCCAAUAACAUUUACAAAACCAAUGUUGGCAUGGUAUGUUCUGUAAAUUAUAUUCUGCUAAAUCAUUUGAAAGUAUUUCGUUUUUAUGGUAUGAGGCCAUGUUUUAAUUAAAACUGUCUAGCUGUUGAUUUGAUUGAAUACUUUCCUCACAUUUCAUUUUUGAUUGGCUGAAGGGGAUAAAUUUGGGUUACAGUGUGUUUACAUUAGCAGUGUAUCUGUAGGUUUUUCCCCUUCCCUACAUUUGAAGGAACAUAAGUAUUCAACAUUAUAUGAACUGAGUGUUCAGUCAGACAAUGUUCAUUCACUCUGUGGUACAUCUGUCAUUAUUGUAUUUAAUUAAUACUGUCAUACUUCUUGAUUGCUGAUUGUUAUUAUUGUUUUUUGCAUUUUCCUUUGUGGGUUUUAAUGUGUCUGAACUUUUGAAUUUUUCAUUUUAAAUCAUUAUGUUACUGAAAACAAUGCACAAACAGAAAGAAAGAGCAAGAAAAGAAUGUGGAUAUUACACUGAAGGAUAAGGUCAUGAAGCCAACAUGUUUAAAUGUGUGUGUGCACGUGAGAGAGAGAGGGAGAGUGAGAUACAAUCAAAACCACUUCAGUAAUUUUUUUAAUUAUCAAUUAUUUUUUUAAUUAUUGCAAAUACGUUCAGAUAUGGUUUUAAUCAUCUUGUAAUGUUACUUAAAGUUGAAUUAAUAGAUUCCAAGAUGUUUUCAUGCUAUUUAAACUUUGAGGAAAUGGUUUGUAAUAGUGCUUUGUAAUUUAGUUAAACUGUAGCUGUGCUGUGCACUUGUAAAUGUACUAUUUGAAAAAUGUGUGAGUGUGUGUGCGAGCGCAUGUGUUUGUGGAUAGAGCUGGAAGGGGGGGCAGGAGGAUCUGUCAAGUGAUUCAUUUUCUAGAGAAGAGUAUUUGUUGUUGGUUUUAUUCCUAGCUUUAGGGAAAUACAAUGGGAGACAGUACAGUAAUUGAUUUACCUACAGGCAACCCAACAUUCUUGUCCAGAAGAUUAAGUGAAAAUCCUUAUUUUCCAUGCAUGCAACUCUUCCUUGAUUACUAUGAGAAAAUCUCACACUUGUGAAAAAAAUUACGUUAAUAAAAAAGUAAAACUCAA